AGGCUGCGCGCUCGCUACAUCUUGCUCCGGCCCGGCGAGACCACCUUUGAGGCGGCCGGCAUGGUCGACAGCAACCCGAUCAACAAGCAAGCGGCGCUGCGAGGGCUCACCGAGCAGGGCCGCGAGCAGGUGCGGGCCGCGGCCGAGGCGCUGGCGGCACGCGGCGUCACGAGCCCCGUGAUCUUUUACGACAACGGCGCCCGCGCGAGCCAGACGGCAGACAUCCUCGCGAACAGCCUGUCGGUGCCGCGCAGGGACGUGGAGCCCGAGUUUCGCUGGCUAGAGGCGCGCGGCCUCGGAGCCCUCGACGGCACCGACCUGCAGGCCGCCACCGAGUACCUGCACCGGAUCGACGCGGCGGACGUCGAGUCGGCCGCGGAGGAGGCGGAGGACGGCACGCCGAGCGACUCGGUCAACGACGUCUUUGGCCGCAUGCGCAACACGAUCGCAAAGAUAGAGACGUCGUACGGAGGCGGCGACUUUGUGAUCAUCGGAGGCGACGCGGCCGUGCUCUCCGUCUUCGCCGCCGCCGCGUGCGGCACCGACCUGCGCGACCACGGCCGCUUCACGCUGCCGCCGGGC